AUGUUUUCAAUUUCCCGCUUCUGCCUCUUGUGGCAGAUUUGCAGCGCUACUGUCACUCUUCCCCACAGUGCCAAGCACCAAGCUGCCGCAGCACAUGCUAUUGUUCGAGACGUCGCCAUUAUCGGAGGCGGCGCAACAGGCACCUACGCCGCCAUUCGUCUGCAGGAAGACUUCAACAAGAGCGUGGUGGUGAUUGAGAAAGAAAGGGAUUUGGGAGGCCACACGAACACGUAUCAUGAUCCCAUCAGCAAGACCACCGUCGAACUGGGAGUCGUCGCCUUCCACGACUUGCCGGUUGUUACAAAGUUCUUUGCGCGUUUCGAUAUACCCUUGGUCAAGUUCUUCUUCAAUUACACUUUGAAGAAUGUCAAUUUUCGAAACGGGCACCCUGUCGGGGAGCUAGAAUCUCACAAGUCUACUCUUGGCAUGUUCGCAGAUUACUCGGAGCAACUGCAGCGAUUCAAGAGCCUGGAGGAAGGGUAUGUGUUUCCUGCGUCGGUCCCGGAAGACCUUGUCCGCCCGUUUGAACACUUUGCACGUAUUCACAAUCUCACGGCCCUGAUUCCUCGGAUAUGGACGAUCGACCAAGGAGUUGGAGAUUUGCUGCAGCUGCCUACACUUUACGUGUUGAAAAGCUUCGGCCCAGAGAUGUUGCGCAGCUUGUCCUCCGGCUUUUGGACGACUAAAAGACGGAACAAUCACGAGCUUUAUGAGCGGGCGUUUCAGCGGUUGAAAACCACCAACAGUGUGCAUGUGAAUAGUGUCGUUGAGUCUAUGAACCGGGACAUCCCUGGCCGGUAUGGAAAGAUGGUCGUGUCCACACCCUUUGGUAGAAAGGUUGUCCGCGCUAAACAGUUCCUCUUCACUAUUCCGCCAACGCUGGAGACCCUGACGGGAUUCGACCUGGAUAGGUACGAGAAGAACUUAUUCUCUGCUUUCCAAUACAUGGACUAUUCGACCGGCCUCAUUCGAGGUGCACCGAUCCCCCGCGGGACGACCAUGUGCAACAAAAUCCCCGACCCGCACGUAUACUUCCUCCCACGACUACCAACCGUCUACACGUUAGGGCCAACCCACCAGCCGUCCUUCCUCACCGACGUCAAAUUCGGCAGCAACACCUCAUCCAUGACCGAACAACAGGUCAGAGAGCGCAUUAUCUCUGACAGUUCCAGGGCUCUACCGGGGAAUCCGGACCUGGAGCUCGUCGCGUAUGCCAGCCAUAAACCGUAUGAGCUUCGCGUUUCUUCCGACUUGAUUCGGGACGGAUUCUAUCAGGAGUUGAAUGGAUUGCAGGGCCUAAGACGGUCUUAUUGGACGGGCGCCGCAUGGCACGCGCAUGAUAGUGGGUUGCUUUGGAACUUCACGGAGGGGAUUCUUUCGCGUAUGCAGCGGGAUUGGAGUUAG